CAUAAAUGUUAACAAAAGCUUGCCAGCCUCCCCAUUCAAGGCACUUCUAGUUAUACUACUCCUCACUCUUCUAGCUAGCUACCACCACCAUGCUCCUCCUCAUCUUCCUCUUCCUCCUCCUCUCUUCCCAUCUGGACGUCGCAUUCUCCGCCCACUGCACCACCGUCACGGCCACCAAAACUUUCCAAAAAUGCAUGACACUCCCUACCCAACAAGCCUCUAUAGCAUGGACCUUCCACCCCCACAAUGCCACUUUAGACCUUGUUUUCUUUGGCACCUUCAUUUCACCCUCCGGCUGGGUUGGAUGGGGGAUUAAUCCUACCUCCCCCGGAAUGACCGGGGCACGUGCCUUAAUCGCCUUCCCGGACCCGAAUUCCGGUCAAAUCAUCCUCCUACCAUUCAUCCUAGACCCUACUGUAAAGCUCCAAAAAUCCCCUCUCCUUUCACGCCCCCUCGAUACCCAUCUUCUCACUUCCUCCGCCACCUUAUACGGCGGCAACAUGGCCACAGUUCACAACGGUGCUACCAUCCAAAUCUACGCCACGUUGAAACUUGUACCAAACAAAACAAAGAUCCACUAUGUCUGGAACCGUGGACUCUAUGUCCAAGGCUACUCACCAACCAUACAUCCAACCACCUCCAGUGACCUAUCCUCCAUUGUCACCAUAGAUGUCCGGUCCGGCUCCUCUGCUGCCCAACACGACAACAUCAAAACGCUGAGAACUGCGCACGGAAUCAUAAACGCCAUCUCAUGGGGGCUUAUUCUGCCAAUUGGGGCGGUGACAGCGCGCUACCUUCGGCACAUACAAGCGCUGGGGCCUGCUUGGUUUUAUGUUCAUGCAGGCAUGCAAUUGUCUGCGUUUUUCUUAGGAACUGUGGGGUUCGCCAUCGGCAUUCGGCUCGGCGAGCUGUCGCCGGGUGUGGAAUAUGGGCUUCACAGGAAGCUUGGUUUUGCAGUAUUCUGCUUAGGAGGGCUGCAGACACUCGCUCUGUUGUUUAGGCCUAAAACCACAACCAAGUUCAGAAAGUACUGGAAAUCUUACCACCAUUUUGUUGGGUAUUCUUGUGUUGUUCUUGGGGUUGUGAAUGUUUUUGAAGGAUUUGAAGUGAUGGGAGCCAGCAGGUCAUAUUCAAAGCUGGGAUAUUGUCUGGGGCUUUCAACCUUGAUCGGUGCCUGCAUAGCUUUGGAGGUGAAUUCAUGGGUUAUCUUCUGUAGGAAAGCCAAGGAAGACAAGCUGAGGAGAGAAGGAUUAAUUGGGAGUUCUGAUAAAGGAAGUGGAAUUCAUAGUUGACAACUCAGAAAUUUUGUGUGCUUCAAAAUUCAAAUGGUUCUUCAUGCUCCUGCAUGGAACUUAAUUUUGUGAAAGUAGGUGAAUCUUGAAGAUCUUUGUCAAUUUUCAUGUUCAAUAUAUAUAAUGUAAGGAUUUUUUUUCUUCUUCU